AUGGAUGAUUUAUUUGGGGAUGAUGAAGAUGAAGAAGCAGGAGAUAAAAACACACAGAACGAAAUAGAUGAUGAUGAUGAUGAUGAUGAUGAUGAUGAUGAUGAAGGUUUUGUUAGAAAGAACAGAAGAUCAGAAUAUGAUGAAAAUAGUGAUGAUGAACAAGAUAAAGCUAUGUAUGAAAAGAAAUUUUAUGGUGAAGAUGGUUUCAAUCGUUCAGAUGAUGAUGAUAAUGAAUAUGAAUACAAAGAAUCCGAUAUUGAAUUAGUUAGACAUAUAGUUCCAUAUAAGACAAGGCCUUCUAAUAAAGAACUUGAUAAACAUCGUGAAUUAUAUUAUGCUAAAGUUCCUCCCUUUUUAAUGGUUGAUCCAGUUCCCUUUGAUUCUACAAAUUUUGAAUCUGCAGUUAAGGAGAGAAUUAAAAAUUCAUUAAAUGAGGACACACAAAUUACUGAUCGAUUACGUGAUGAAAAUACAAUAAGAUGGAGAUAUUCCAGAGAUUCUAAUGAUAAUGAUAAAGUUUUCAAACAAUCUAACGCACAAAUAAUUCAAUGGUCUGAUGGUUCAUAUUCCUUAAAAUUGGGUAAUGAUUAUACAGAUAUUUUGACGAAUGAAACAGAUAAUAUAUUUUUAACCGUUUCUCAUGAUCAACAAGAAUUAAUGCAAUGUUAUAAUGGAGGUGAAAUUACCAAGACAUUGAUGUUUAUUCCAUCAUCAACAAAAUCUAAAAUACAUCAAAGAUUAACUGCUGCAGUGCAGAAUAGAGAUAAAAAGACUACAUCGGGUCCUGGUAUGAUGCUAAUCAAUACAGAUCCUGAAAUUGAAAAGAAAUUAUUAGAGAAAAAGCAAUGGCAAAUGAUGAGAGAUCGUAGGAGAAAACAAUUGCAAGAAAGAGAAAAUAAUGAAGUUGAUGGUAUUACUAGUGGAUUUUCUAAAAGAGAUAAUUCGCCAUCUAUUAAUUCACAAUCCAUAAAAGGUUCACGUUCUGACAGAAAUCAUGAUUAUCGUAGAAACGAAUAUGAAGAAGAUGAUUUUAUAGUAGAUGAUGAAGAUGAAGAAGUUGAUGGAAUGGUAGAUGAUGAUGAUGAUAAUGCUGAAGAAGAAGAAGAAGAAGAAGAAGAGGAGGAUGAAGAUGAUUUAAAUGCAGAAAGGUUAAGAAAUGCCAAGAGACAAGGGUAUCAAGAAGAUGAUGAUGAGAGGGAUGCAAGAAAUGAAGAGGAACAAUCAUCAUCAUCAGAAGUUACCAAGAGAAGAAAAAUCGCUGUUAUUGAUGAUGAAGAUGAUGAGUAG